UAGCAACUGUUGCCCAGUGAGGCAGCGCCAUAGUCACCGUAGUCCUGGCGACUGUAACCCACCAACAACAACAACCUCUCGUUCCAUCAUUGCCACCUCCACCAUCCUCACUUCAUCCUCAUCAACCAGUCCUCAGCCCAGGCGCCAUGCAGACCCCUGAGGCAGGCGCUGACUCCGCCUCCACUGUCCCUCUCCAGACCGCCGUGUCUGUGCAGCCCGCAGGCUCCGCCCAGCAGGUGACCUCUCAGGUGCCUGUCCAGCAGCCGACCCAGACUGUUCCGGUUCAGCAUGUAUACCCAGCAACAGUGCAGUACGUGGAGGAGAACAGUGGCGUCUACACCAACGGAACCAUACGGACGUACUCGUACUCCGAGCCCCAGGUGUACAGCCAGAACAGUGGAGGGAGCUACUUUGAUACGCAGGGCAGCUCGUCCGAGGUGUCUACAGUGGUGUCGUCCCAUGGCAUGGCCAACAAUGGAGGGGGGAACGGGGGUCUGACCAUGGGUCUGGCCGGGGGGCAGAUCAUCAGCAGCUCUGGAGCCUACCUCAUCGGGGGCAACUCCAUGGACAACUCUGCCCCCCACCCAGCCACCCAGACUACCCGAGCCUCCCCGUCCACUAUUGAAAUGGCGAUUGAGACGCUCCAAAAGACUGAAGGUUUAUCCAGUCAGAGAAGCUCGCUGCUCAACAGCCAUCUGCAAUGGCUACUGGAUAACUAUGAGACUGCGGAGGGAGUGAGUCUGCCUCGCUCCACCCUCUACAACCACUACUUGCGCCACUGCCAGGAGCAGAAAUUGGACCCGGUCAAUGCCGCUUCCUUUGGCAAACUCAUCCGCUCCAUCUUCAUGGGGCUACGCACGCGACGCCUCGGCACAAGAGGGAAUCUUAAGUACCACUACUAUGGGAUCCGGCUGAAGCCGGACUCUCCUCUCAACAGACUGCAGGAGGACAUGCAGUACAUGGCCCUCAGACAGCAGCCUGUCCAACAGAAACAAAGGUUUAAGCCGGUGCAGAAGGUUGAUGGUGUGUCUGGGGAGAACUUCUCAGGCGGAGGCCAGCACAYCCCCAGUGCAGCGGAGCAGACCGUCAUUGCACAGAGCCAGCACCACCAGCAGUACCUGGACGCGUCCCGGGCGCUGCCAGACUUUAUGGAGCUGGACCUGGGAGAGACCAACGUGGACAACAUCGGCCCAGACGACAUCAAAGCUCUCCAGUCACUCUACAGAGAGCACUGUGAGGCCAUCCUGGAUGUGGUGGUGAACCUCCAGUUCAGUCUAAUAGAGAAGCUGUGGCAGACAUUCUGGCGCUAUUCCCCCUCUGACUUAGUGGAGGGCACCACCAUCACAGAAAACAGUGGUAUGAGUGAGAUUGAGGGCCGUUUGCCCUGCUCCAGGCUGGUGGUGCUCUGUAGGAACGAGGCUGUGCUCAAGUGGAUGAGUUCCUGUGACCACCUGAUGUACCAGGCCCUAGUGGAGAUCCUCAUUCCUGAUGUCCUCAGACCUAUCCCCAGUGCCUUGACUCAAGCCAUCCGCAACUUUGCCAAAAGCCUGGAAGGCUGGCUCAACAAUGCCAUGAACGUCAUUCCACAGAGAAUGAUCCAAACCAAGGUUGCCGCUGUUAGUGCCUUUUCUCAGACGAUGCGUCGUUACACUAGUCUGAACCACCUGGCCCAGGCAGCCCGCGCCGUGUUGCAGAACACCUCCCAGAUCAAUCAGAUGCUCAGCGACCUCAAUCGCGUCGACUUCGCCAACGUGCAGGAGCAGGCGUCGUGGGUUUGUCAGUGUGAGGAGGGUGUGGUUCAGAGGUUAGAGCAGGACUUCAAGGCCACCCUGCAGCAGCAGAGCUCUCUGGAGCAGUGGGCUGCCUGGCUGGACAACGUGGUGACCCAGGUCCUACAGCCCUUCGAGGACCGGCCCAGCUUCCCCAGGGCUGCGCGGCAGUUCCUGCUCAAGUGGUCCUUCUACAGCUCCAUGGUGAUUCGAGACCUGACUCUGCGCAGCGCGGCCAGUUUCGGCUCGUUCCACCUGAUCCGCCUGCUCUACGACGAGUACAUGUUCUACCUGGUGGAACACCGCGUCGCCCAGGCAACCGGCGAGACGCCCAUCGGUGUCAUGGGAGAAUUCGAUGACCUCAACGCCAUGUCGCCUGCUUACAUGGACAAAGAUGAGGUGAGUGAGAUGGACAGUGACCUGGAGGAGGACAUGGAGGAGUCUGGGGAGCCGCUGGCCAAGCGGGAGAAGGCUGAGUUGCAGCAUGAGCACCAGGUGAUCCAGGUGAUCCAGGUGGGGGCYCUGGAGGACGGCUGUAACCCCGUGGUGGGGGUGGUCCAGCCGGGCAUCCUGCACUCCCUGCCCCAGCCCCCCCAGGACCACGCUGAGCACAUCCUCACCCCUUCUGCUGCCACCCCCACCAUCCGCCACUGCAGCGCCACCGGCAACACCUACGCCUCCGUCUGAAGAGAGAGAGACGCCCACAAACCACUCAUCUCUUGAUCUGUCUGUCUCUCCCUCUCUCUCUCUCUAUUUCUAUGGGUCACGCUGUCACACACACGUCUGCACUAUUUCCCUCUGUCAUGCGCUGUGUUUUCUCUGCUCUCCUCCGCCCCGGGCCACUAGAGGACGAUGAAAAUCACCAUGACCACAGCCGCUGGCGUCACACMAACCGUGGAUAGAUUAAGAGAGCUAGAUGUGAAUAGGAAUGUGGGCGGGCCGCCUCUGUCUGCUGUCAUCCCAUGUUUCUGUCCUCUGGGAGGGGAURCUGGGUGAAGGAGGAGGAUUGGAAGGGGGGGGGGGGGUGACCCAUGAGAUGCUGCCAGACGUGAGACACUGACUGACCCUAGCUGUGUAGAGGGGAGGGUAUAUAUUCAAAGCUCAAAUCCAAGCCACCAGCCCCAGAUGAGCGAUGUGAUCGAUUGAUAAGAGUACACUUGGUUCACUCUUAGAUCGGGUUGUUUUGUAUAUAGUGCAUAUAUAAUAAACAAAACACAGGUGCUGUUCUCUCAAAUUAGCAGAUAUUCCUCCCAAUCAUGAGGUGAUAUACGUUCUUACAGAGAAAGCAUUGACACAUUCCAGUUAAGGACAGAAUUGAGUUGAACGAUAUGAGAUUUUUUGGUUGUUGACUUUUCUGUGUAUUUCAAACCUUUGUUUAGAUAUGACAUUCGGUGAUGUAUGAUUGCUUGUGAUGUGGCAGUUGUUUUGCGUUCUAUGAUUUAUUGAAUAGUGUAUAAUCGUAGCCAUGAUCCCCUGAUAACCCCUAAUGGCUUCUAGCCGUGAAGUAUGUUCUGCCCAUGAAGAAAGACGUACUCUUAUGUGUGCUGCUACUCUAUAGAAACACGAGGUGAGACAGACAGACGGACUGGAUGUACUAUACCACUACAACACUAGCUUUUCUACGCACUUCAUGCAUCGUAUGGGAUGCUCUUGACUUAUUGCCUUGGUUUGGUUAGAUUUAGAUCCUGGAUAGUGUGAUUAAAAAUGUAAUUAGUUAGACUCGUAUAAUCUACUGACAUGUUCUCUGUGUGUGUGUGUGUUUGUAGUUUCUAUCUUGGUAGAUGUCUUAAGUUGUGAAUGGACCAAAAAACAAACCAACCAGAGGAAACUGGCAGAGAAUGAGAGCCAUCAUGGCCGCCACAGUGGUCCCGGCGAGGCUGCUGCGUGUCCCGUUUUCCUGUCCCAAUGUCAGGGAUUCUAUGUACCUCAGCUUCAUCCUAGUGCCUUAAUAACCCUUACUGCAGCUGUCCACGUAGUCCUGACUGAUUAUGUGGUUGUGGGGAGGGAUAGUACAUUCUGCGUUACUGUCCCAGCCACAGCUUUGGCCCUCUCUCUGGUGACUUGUGGCUGGAUUUGGGCUGGCUCAUUGGUGUUACUGAAGGCUGGGGAGGUGCACGUUCAGAGGUGCUUGUAGUUUUCUCUGGAUUGUGCCGGUUCUAUUACUUUUUGUUUGUUUGUUCGGUAYCCCGAUGUGGGUGUGUUGCCUCGUUCCUGCUCUCACUCUCUCUCGAGGCCUGCUCCUGCUUUAGCAUGUGCUAUCGGGUGAAGCGUGCGCGUGUGCCGACGUGAGCGCUCGACCUGAUUGAGAUGAUGGUUGCGCGUGCCGUUGUGGUUGUUGUGGAUGAAUGAGUCCGAGCGUGGGUUUUGCGCACACCCACUAGUCACCCUACCUCACACCAGCGGUGCCAGCCUUUUAACACAUGCAGCACGUCACCAAACCUUGUUCUCGCACACAUAUGUAACCAUACUACUCCCACGACACACCACGAUAACACCAUAUGCCUCUCACACUACACAGCUAAAAAUACACAUUGUCAUUUUAGCCCAUUCAGUCCUCAGUCCUCAGUCCACAUCAUCAUCUCUUGUUCUAUCRGUUGUAAAGUGCAUAUUUGUAUAGUGGACCAAAAGUAGAUAUUUUCUGAUAUUUAAAGAUAUAUAUAUAUAGAUAUAUAUAAGGAUGAUACAAUACGUAUGUAUUCAUCUUUGUUUGUUUUGUUUUUCAUGUGGUUGAUCUGUCAUCUGUGGUUGUUUCGUUGUUAGCUAGCUCUUCUGUGAUUGGUCGAUUGACUGUGAAAUGGGCGGGGCAUGGGGACCAGCUUCUGACGACGCUGGAUACACAUUUUGUACCUGAGCUGUUACUGAUAGCUUUUAGGAGAUGGACAUCACACUGGCAAAAGGUGUUGAACUGGAAGAAUCUUGUUGAUACUACUGAAAUUACCUUUCUGUUUUUUGUUUAACUCUCAUAUCUGGAGAACUGUAUGCACCAAUGCUUUGCCUAGACUUUAUUUAUUGGUAUUUAUUGUGCUUUUGUUUUACUAUUUGAGAAGUUAUUCUUAAGUUAUGCACACGUAUCCAUACCAGUCUUGAAAAUGAAAUUACACUGUAUAUACAAAAGUAUGUGGACAUCCCUUCAAAUUAGUGGAUUCAGCUAUUUCAGCCACAGCCGUUGCUG